AUGAUUAGUGCCAGUACCGGCAUCUCCAUACCUACGUCAGUCGUCAACAAAAACCCCAAGCCAGGACAUGCGAUUGCACUGAAUGAUAGUCAAAUUGUUCGCAGCAAUCUUAGGAUCAAUGCUUCCGACGGCCUGUUUUAUACAUUCAAUACGACCAAAGACAAAUCUGUAUGGAUCUCGCUCUCCCUGUGCCAGGGACCAGGUAUUCCCGCUUAUAAUACGAGCGACGAAGACUUGCUUGAUCGACUCGACAAGUCGGCGGACGAGGCUCAGCACAUGACACUCGUGUCGAUGUACGUGUCGCGAGACAAGUCGAAUCCACGUCCGGGACCCAAAACAAGUUCAUCAUCCAAGUAUGUUGUGUAUGCACAGGGCGGCUGGACACAGAUUUCAUUGAGCAAGGGAUCAGAUCAGGGUGUGUAUAUUGGCGUGUGGCCCCCUGAAGACCCACGGAACGUCUCUGGUGAAUACGUGAUCCAAAUGACAGCAUCGACGAAAGGCUCGCUCGAAAGAGUCGACUAUGUGCCGAGCCUGUUUCUGGACGACACCGACCGUGAGAAUGCGCUACUCACUUCGUUCAACUACACAUCUCCUGCGCCUAAUAUCAGCCUGAUUGUGCUGCCGACGCAGGGCGACUUUUCCUUAUCAUCUAUCACGUAUUUUAAUUCGUCCUUCUGCCGCAUCUUUGAUUUGUGGGAGGAAAUGAGCUUUCUGGGAAUUCAGCCAUUUAUCAACAGUAGCGAGACGAAUCGCAAUACUUUGCCGCGUGUGACUCGUGGCGCUAACAACCAGCCAACGGCGCUACCGACACCAAGCUUCGAGAAUAGUGCCAAAAACGUGUCGUUCUCAACCUCUUCGAAUGCGGCGUCAAAUAAGAAACGGAUGGCCGCGCUCGAUCCCGGAGAUGUGACCCAGCUGGAGCUGACGGCGGUCAAUACCACAGACACGAACGUGACAGAGCAAGUCUUGGCUCAAGUCCGCAAGCAGUUCCACGUGUCAGGACUUUCGCCCGGAACGAACUACACGGCGUAUCUCGUCUCGUCCAAGGAUGUUGGCGAAUCAGUACAGCGAACGUUGUUCCCAUCGGUCAAGUUCGUGACAAAAACGGCAGAGAACUGCAAGCUCAUGUACGACUUGGACUUUUGUCCCGAACUCGCAUACUCAGUCCCUUACAAUCCAAACAUGUCGCAAGUUCUGGCGCUGCAAGCGCUUGAAAACAUCAUUACCCAGAAUUACAUCAACUUCACCAAGACUCUGGACACAUUCCCAUGCGCGUCGGACAAGUUUGGCCUGUACUCGAGUGUGUCUACGUGCGAUGACUGCCGACGCUCAUAUCAGAAUUGGCUAUGUGCUGUGGCAAUUCCCCGAUGCACGGAUCUUGUUGAUCCUGAAAAAAGUGCGGCUAGUCAGAACGGUACCGAGCUCCAAGGUCUGCCGAUGCCCGCCAAUGUUCAUUUAUACCCUUACAUCGUCAAUCGUGUUGGAUCAAACAGCAGCCGACAGGCAUACAUUGACGAGAUCUUUGCACCAGGUGACUACGGCGAGCUCCUCCCGUGCUUGCUGACGUGUGAAAUGGUCACUCGGACUUGUCCGCCGGUAAUCCAGUGGCAGUGUCCGCGCUGGACGGUCACGGCACAGCGUGAUUAUGGCGCAUUUGCUGAUGCAGGUUCCGACGGCUAUGGUGUCGGGCAAAAUGGGGGUGCUGGACCUGACGGCAUGCGCUUCGGCGGCGCAUACACCCGAUAUGUCGCACAGGAUGCAUUUGGCCAUGUGUACUGCAAUGCGAUGCAUGUCGACCGCUUGUUUCGUGAGGCCAGCACGGGUGCACCGAUGCGCACCAUCAUGCCCUCUUGGCGCAUAUGGACAGCCACGCUCAGUAUAUACAUUCUUAGUGCUCUUGUUCUAGGCUAA